GUGGGACCCCAUGGCAUUGGUGUAUCUUUCAAGAGAGAGAAAGAGAAGGUAACACGGAGUACCAGUUUGGAGGAAGGGAAAAAGCGAAGAGAAGAGGGAGAAAGCGUUUUCCAGUUCAAAAGGUCAAACGCACAACCAUAAAACCAUCUCCUGUUGUCAUCUACAUCUUUCCCGUGCGUGUUCUCCGGUUGAUUAAUGCUUCAUCAUCUGAUUGUUAACUCACGUCAGCAGCAUCGCUCGGCGGCUGACGGAGACCGGCGACGGAGGCUACACUGACGAUUCAUCACCGACAUCAACAUCAGCAGUAGCGGAGGAAGCAGAUAUACAAUCUGUGUUACUUCCAUUGGUAACGUCUGGUUAAACUCUCAAGGCGUUUUAUUCCUUGGUUGUUCUUCGAGUUUAUUAUGAAGAAAAGCCAGAGUAUCAAUAGUAACGUGAAUCAUAAGGUGAAGAAUGGGGCUACCAAUGGCUUUCUUCCAAAUUCUUUCAAGUUCAUAUCCUCCUGCAUCAAAACUGUGUCGUCUAACGUGCGAUGUGCGGGAGCUUCCGUGGCCGGUUCCAUCACCGCCGCUGCCACCGACUCGGAUGAUCAUCGCAAGGACCAGGUCUUAAACACUUCAUCUCUUUGAUGAUAAAAGUUUCCUGAGUGGUUGUUGCCUAAUUUCUACCAGGCUUUUGCUUACGUGCUGGAUUCAUUUAUAGAUGUGCCCACUUUCUCCUUUUUUGUACGGAAAAUCAUGAUAUCAAUUCACUCAUUCAUUUCCAGAUUCCUGGAUUGACGUCAUUCAUAUUUCAUAGGGUUGUAACCUUCUGACAGGCUGUAUUUGGUUACUACUCACUUUAAGUGAAUUUCAGUGCUUAUUUGUGUUAACAAAAGCUAUUGUUUGGGAACAUUGAGCUUUGUACAUGUCGUAGUUAUAACUUAGGGAGUAUAAGAUUGUAGAUAGAUGCUUCUGGAUAAUAAGAUAUCUUACUUGAGAUUGAAAGGAAUAAAGCAAAAUGGCUCACUAAACUGUAUCCCUUUUUUGUUAUAAAGCAACCGUCAGUCCAUGCAAUUUUGGACGCGAUUUUCACUUUGGGUCAUCCGGAAACAGUCUCUCUGUGCUUUGGUACAGGGGUAAGACUGCUUACAUCCGACCCCCCCUUAUCCCACCGUAGGUGGGAGCCUUUGCGGCACUGGGGUAAAUGAAAAUGAAAAUGAAAUGACUUGAGAUCGAAAGGAACCUUAGGAACUUCAUUUUACUGUUCAACAUGUGGUAUUGUUUUAGUUUUGAACUGCUGAAAAGCAUCUUGUUACACUCACUAACUGUAUUUUAUUGUAACACAAUACCUUGACAAGUAUUAGUUACAUGUGCAUUAACUGUAAGUCAGAUCUAAGUAGCAUAUUUCUUCCUUUGAGGUUGUAACAUCCUUUCUCCCUUAUACUGAUUUUUUUCAUCAUCUAUCACACGUUCCAUGCAUGAUAUGAAAGUGUGAAAGUAAAAUAUUGUUAUGAAAUCCUUGACCUAUACCUAUUGCAAUGUUCAAAAUUGUGUUCUGAGGCUAAGUAUUGAAGCAAUACCUAGAAAUUGGCGAUGUGGCUCAACAUAUAGAGAGCAAUACCUAGAAAUUGGCGAUGUGGCUCAACAUAUAGAGAGCAAAUGAGCAAUACCUAGAAAUUAGCGAUGUGGCUCAACAUAUUGAGAGCAAUACCUAGAAACUGGCGAUGUGGCUCAACAUAUCGAGACCAAUACCUAGAAUUUGGCAAUGUGACUCAACAUAUUGAGAUCAAUACUUAGGUUUUGCGCACUAUCCUACAGUGGCUUGCCAUAUCAAUAACUCAGUUAGGCUUAAUAGAGGCUUAUGUUGUACAGUUAGUCAGUUAUACUAAAGUGAAACAAGUUUGGAGUUAAAAAAAGAGUCAUCAACCCUAUAACAGAAAACUAGCCAUCUUUCUCCAGGCUGCCUCUCCUCCGCGCACCAACUCAAGAAAGCCUUUGCCCCCAUGUUGAAUAGCAAGAGUUUUGUUGUUAUUUCAUAAUUUUAUUUUUCAUGCUUUGACUCACACUUCCUUCAUGGUUGCGUUACAUAUAUACACUCAUAGGCAUACCUAGGUUAUAUAAAAUACUCCACCCUCAUGGCAAAUACUAAAAUAAUCAACUCUCCACAUACUUGGAUAUACUAAAGGACUCGACCCCUCACAUCCUUCUUAAUUAAUUCAACAACUUAUUUAUUUAUUUAUUUCUUCUCCUAUCCAUACAACAUUACACUCGAACCCCCCAGAGGCGGAUAUUGUAUCUGAUAUGUUAAUGGACUGAUCCUUGGAUUAUUGUUUUCCUAUUAGUAUUGAUAUUUUAUUUUAGGUAAUAUUUUUGCAUGUAUCAUUGUAAUAAGUUAACAAGAUACUUGCUCACCAAGGCUCUUGGGACAAGAAUCAAUAGAGGGGUUCUAUUUAUUGACAGGAUCAUCAAUAGUUUUGGAGUUAGUGCUUGUGUCACUUGCCAUGUUCAGGAAGGAACAUUAGUCUUCCAAGGGCAAGUAGUUCUUUAUCUUCAUACCUCUUAUCUUUCAAUAUUCUUGCUAUUCAUCUCCCAACACCAAACCACACUUUCAACAAUAUCGCCUUUUUCAUAAUAUUUGUUCUUUAAAAUGGCUGUUUAAGUGUUCAAUUGAAAUUGAGUGGGGACUGCGCACUAACCACUUCACUGCCUCCGCUCGUGCUCAGUGUCAAGUACUUCUUAGCUGGAGCCUUACAGGUUUUAUGGGCUUGCUUUGACAAACUAGAAUUCUCUCCCUCAUCAUUCAAAAACAUCCUGCUGAUUGGUUAUUCCAAUGGGUUUCAAGUCUUGGAUGUUGAAGAUGCUUCUAAUGUAUGUGAACUGGUCUCUCAGCGCGAUGAUCCAGUAACAUUUCUACAGAUGCAACCCAUUCCUGCAAAGUCUGAUGGCCAUGAGGGAUAUAGAAACUCACAUCCCAUGCUCUUGGUGGUGGCUUGUGGUGAAGCAGCUCAGUCCAUUCCUGCACAAAGUGGGAGGGAUGGCAUUAUGGAGCCUCAAGCAGGAAACAAUAUGAACUUGCCUACUACAUCUACCCUUAGAUUUUAUUCUCUAAGGUCCCACAAUUAUGUUCACAUUUUGCGAUUCAGGUCUACUGUUUAUAUGGUUAGAGCUAGUCCGCAUAUAGUUGCUGUUGGCCUCGCGACGCAGAUAUAUUGCUUUGAUGCCAUCACCCUGGAGAAUAAAUUUAGUGUGCUCACCUAUCCUGUGCCUCAGCCUGGCGGUCAGGGUUUUACUGGAGUCAAUAUUGGCUAUGGUCCAAUGGCUGUAGGUCCAAGGUGGUUAGCUUAUUCAUCAAACAACCCAAUGAUAGCAAACACAGGACGAUUAAGUCCACAAAGUCUUAGCCCUUCUCCCGGUGUUAGCCCAUCUACAUCUCCAGGUAAUGGAAACCUGGUAGCUAGAUAUGCCAUGGAGUCUAGUAAACAACUUGCUUCUGGAUUAAUCAAUCUUGGAGACAUGGGCUAUAAGACUUUUUCAAAGUAUUGUCAUGAGCUUCUUCCUGAUGGCUCCAGUUUACCUGCAUCAUCAAGCACUGCCUGGAAUGUCGGAAGGGGUCCACUUCACUCAAAUGAAACCGAUGCAGCUGGGAUGGUUGUCAUUAAAGAUUUCAUAUCCAGAACUAUAAUUUCACAAUUUAGGGCGCAUACUAGCCCUAUAUCUGCUCUAUGUUUUGACCCUAGUGGCACUCUCUUGGUCACUGCUUCCAUACACGGUAACAAUAUAAACAUAUACCGGAUAUUGCCCAAUGGUUCUCAGAAUGGAUCAGGUGCACAUAACAGUGAUUGGAGUUCUUCUCAUGUCCACCUCUACAAGCUCCAUCGAGGCGUGACUCCAGCUGUGAUACAGGACAUUUGUUUUAGUAACUUUAGUCAAUGGGUAGGUAUUAUUUCAACUAAGGGGACAUGCCAUAUUUUUGUACUAUCCCCUUUUGGUGGUGAGACAGGGCUUCAGCUACAGAGUACUCAUGUUAAUGGAACAACACUAACACCUAUACUUUCUAUGCCAUGGUGGUCUGCUUCUUCCUUUUCAACAAAUGCACACUCUUCUUGCCCCCCACCAACACCUAUCACACUGUCUGUCGUUAGCAGGAUAAAAAAUGUCUCUGGUUGGCUUAAUUCAGUAAGCAGUGUGGCAUCUUCUGCAGCAGGAAGGACUUCUGUACCUUCUGGUGUUGUUGCAGCUGUCUUUCAUAGUUGCAUACACCGAGAUGUGCAGCAUGCUCCCCAAAAUCCGAACACUUUAGAACAUUUGUUGGCCUUCACUCCCAGUGGACAUCUAAUUCAAUAUGAAAUGAUUUCUUCUCUUGGUAGAGAGCAGGGUCAGUCUUCUUUGAGAAGUGGUACUGGCCACUUAAUGCAGAUGCAAGAGGAUGAUCUGGGAGUUAAAGUUGAUCCUGUACAAUGGUGGGAUGUUUGUCGAAGGGCAGACUGGCCUGAAAGAGAGGAGUACGUUCAGGAAAUCUCCCUCGUUAACCGUGGGUGCAUGGAAACUGUCAUAGAUAAUUCUGCCAGUGAAGAUGAUGACAUUGGAGUUAAGGAUAUACCAAAGCCGCAUGGUCAGUCUCACUGGUAUCUUUCAAAUGCCGAAGUUCAGUCAAGGUCUUGGAGGACACCAAUUUGGCAGAAGUCCAAGAUAUGCUUCUAUACAUUGAGUUUCCAAGGGAAUGCAGAGGAUUAUAGCGAUCAGCUUUGUUCCGGCGGGGAGAUUGAAAUAGAGAAUAUUUCUGUUAAUGAAGUCGAAAUAAAGCGCAAGGAUUUGCUACCUGUAUUUGACCAUUUUCAGAGGGUUCACACAAAUUGGAAUGAUGAAAGGGUUUCUUUUGAUGGCAGAUUUUCUGGUUCACCGUAUGCUUCUUCCACAACUAAAGAGAAACCAGAAGUUAGUUCUGAUAUUGCAACGGUGGCUCCACAGUGUUUGCUGAAAAAGGCACAUGUUGUUGUAGAUAAAAUGAGUGCAAUGCCGGUGGCAUAUCCACAUCUUGACCUAAUGGAUGAGAAUGAUGGAGCAAAUGAAUCAGGGUCAUUGGCCCCAUUCACGCUGAACCAAACAUCCUCUAGUCCUGAGCUAUCCACAAAUAUCACAUCUUCCUUGGAGGAAGUUUACAUUGUAAAUAGUCCAUCUCCCCCCAACAGUGGGUCCCUCUUUGCUGGAGGAACUACUGCUAGGGAUGUUCCAUCUUCAAACAGUGCUUUUACUAGUGAAGCUUCAAACACAAGCUCUAACCAUUCCGAUAGGAGUAUGAAUAUUAGCAACGAUGAGGGGCCAAAUCAUGAAGAUAUGAGUGACCCUGUAGAUUUUGCACAGUAUUUCAGAGAAGGCUAUUGUAAGGCUUCAACUAACCAAGAAUCCCGUGAAUUUACAAAAGCGGUCACUCAUAAUGAUAGCAGUAAUACUCCUUGUGGAAAGGAGAAGGGUGAAGAUGAUGUGGAAAGUGUUGACAUGCUUGGUGGGAUUUUUGACUUCUCGGAAGAAGGUUGAUGCAUGACUUCAGAGAAUCUGCUGGUGUCAUGCUCCACUAUCCGAAUCUUUUAAAGCAUUGUCCAGUGCAUAUGAAUCUCAUGUUCACCCCUUUCCAAUAGGACAAAAAUGCUACUGACUAUUGGUUGCUAAAUGUGACAUUUGCUUAGUCCAUUUUUUUUGCCGGAGCAACAAACGCCCGGUUUCUCUACAUGUAAUUCAUAUGUACAUAUGCUGUAUAUUCAAAUUCAUCACAAACGAUUGGCAUGGACAGUUGUUUGUCUGUAACGUUCAACUUUAUUUGUUCUUUGGAAAAGAAAAGAAAAAGUGAGAAAAUAAAUCAAAAAGUGAAAACUGGCUUAGUUUAUUUGUUUAGUGGCUGGGAAGUACUUUUGUUUGUUGUAUGCAAUUAUGCAAUGAUGCCCCCCUCCACACACUGAAGUAGUGACAGAUCGGAACUCAGCAGUUGAGCUGACGACAAAAGAUGCUUCAUUUCUGACUGAAAGGAACACGGUUUAGGGGCUCGAUGGCAUAUGAGAAUUCAUAUUGGCAUUUCAUGUACAUAACAAAUAUGGCUAAUAAUAUCUGAUAAGUGCAACUUAUUGCACGUUUUGUGUGUAUGCCUGCCUUUACUGAAAACUGGGUUGUUCAAUCGUUUGGUUGACAUGAAGGAGUGUGGUAGACUGGUAGUAUGUGAACAGAAUUAUGAAG